AUGAAUAAAUUAAUAUUGGAUGCCAAUGCAUUUAUUAAAGAAAUCAAUUUUCAACAUCUUUCAGAACAUUAUACAUUCAUAACACAUGAAGCUAUACUUACAGAAGUAAGAGAUGAAAGAGCUAGAUAAAAAUUAUAAAAUUUUACCUACCCACUUACUUUCUUAACACCAUCAGAAAAAAUGAUUAAAAUUGUUAAACAAUUUGCUACUUAAACAUCAGAUGUAGCAUCAUUAUCACCUAUUGAUAUUGAAUUAAUUGCUUUAGCUUGUACUUUAAUUGAAGAGAAUGGUUAAAAAGAUAAAUUGAAGUUAGAACCACUCAAACCAUUAGAGUUUAAUAAAAUUAAAAAUGUAUAUGGUUCUAAACAUCUAUAAUAAUAAGAAGAAGAAGAAAUAGAAGAAGAAGAAGAAGUUUAAAAUGAAAAUAAUUAAUAAAUUGAAAAUAAAUAAGAAGAAGAAUAGACUCAAAAAAAUACAGAAGAACUAGAAAAAUAAGAGAAUUCUUAAAAAAAUUAAGAUGAUGAUGAUUCUGAUGGUUGGGAAGAAGUUGUACCAAAAAGAAAACAUUACAAUAAUUAUUCAAAAUCUAAUUCAUCAUAAUAAACUAAACUAGUAGAAAAAUAAAUUGAUAAUGAAAAUGAUUAAGAUUCAUCUGAAGAUGAAAAUGAAGAAGAAUGGAUUAAUAAUGCAAAUAUUCAUGAAAAAUUAAAUGAAAUUUAAAUCAAUCCAUAGGAAAAUUAAAUCAAUAAUUUUGGAAUUGCUCUUUUAACUACUGAUUUUGCUAUGCAAGUAAAUUUAAUAUUAUAUUAUAGAAUGUUCUAUUAUAAAUGGGUAUACCUGUUUUAUCUACUGAAGGAUAUAUGAUUAAAAGUGCUCGAAGAUUUAUUUUAGAAUGUCAUAUCUGUAAAACCUUAGUCAGAGAUUCUACAAGACUGUUUUGUACUAAUUGUGGAAAUAAUUCUUUACUUAAAGUUUCAUGUUCUUUAGAAUCAGAUGGAACCAUUAUUUUAUAUAGAAAAAAGAAUUUUAAAGUUAAUCUUAGAGGAACCUAAGUAAUUUUAUUUUAUAUAUUUUUAGUAUUCAAUCCCUUAAAAUCUAACAAAAAAAGAUGCUCCAUUUAUCUUUUGUCAAGAUCAAUUAAUGAAAAGUGGAAUUCAAUAAUAAUUAGCUAGAUAAGUAAAUUUUUAAUUUAUUCCAUUUAGAGAAAACAAGAGGAAAUCAGAUAUAAAAAAGUUAUGAAAACUUAUGAAAAUGGAAUUGGUUUUGAAGAUAUUGAUUAUAAACAUCCGUAAUAAAAAAUCACAGUUGGUUAUGGAAAAUUAAAUCCAAAUGAUGUAAAUGAUAUGAGAAAAAUAAAAAGAAAUAAAAAACGUUGAAUCAUGU